ACGCGUUUGUAAGAUGUUUUAAAAAAGGGGGGAAAGUUUUUCUUUGCACAGUGUCACAGACAGAUCCUCACUUUUCCUGACCCUUUUUUUCUUCUUCAAUGGCAACGCAGCGAUUCAAGGAGCUUGUGACUGAUCGAGUCUCUUGAGAGAAACUUUGGUGAACUUCUGCAACAAGCGAUUGAUUCCGGCUCCCAUCACUUCUUCUUUUUCCCUUUUUCUUUACACUUCUACCACACAGUCGAACGACCUCUCUUAGCCCCUUUUUUUCUUCUUCUUCACGGAUCAAUACUUCUACAACGUCUACUUCCCACCCGCGGAUUUUCAAUUAACUUUUAACUUGGGUUUGGAAGUAUUUUCAGUGGAUAUCAUGCCGGAGAAGCGGGCUCCGCUCGGCCGGCUCUGGGCUCUGGUUUUGGCGCUGCUGCUGUGCGCCGCCUCGGUGACUGGAUGCCCGCACAAGUGCAGCUGCUCCGGAUCGCAUGUGGACUGCCAGGGUCUCGGCUUGAAGACCGUGCCGAAAGGAAUACCGAGGAACGCCGACCGCCUGGAUCUGAACAGAAACAACAUCACCAGAGUCACCAAAGUGGACUUCUCUGGCCUCAAGAACCUCAGGAUCCUUCAUCUGGAGGACAAUCAGAUCAGUGUUGUCGAGAGAGGAGCCUUCCAAGACCUGCGCCUGCUGGAGCGACUUCGCCUGAACAGAAACAAGCUCCAGUUCCUCCCGGAGCUUCUCUUCCAGUCCAACCCCAAACUAGGACGCCUAGACUUCAGCGAGAACCAGAUUCAGGCGGUCCCACGGAAAGCUUUCAGAGGAAUCACAAAUGUCAAGAACCUGCAACUGGACAGCAACCACAUCGGCUGCAUCGAAGAUGGAGCUUUCCGAGCGCUGCGCGAUCUGGAGAUUCUCACCCUCAACAACAACAACAUCACCCUCAUCCCCCUGUCCAGCUUCAACCACAUGCCCAAGCUGCGGACACUGCGUCUGCACUCCAACAACCUCCACUGUGACUGUCACCUGUCCUGGCUCUCUGAUUGGCUCAGAGCCCGACGGGGCUUGGCUCCCUUCACCCAGUGCAUGGCCCCCGCCCACAUGAGAGGCCUCAAUGUCCCAGAUGUGCAGAAGAAGGAUUUUGUCUGCAAUGGUCCAGCACAAACAGAGUUGAGGACUUGCUCUCCUCAGGUCACCGUGUGUCCAACCAGCUGCAGCUGCAACAACAACAUCGUGGACUGUCGUCGUAAAGGCCUCACAGAAAUACCACCCAACCUCCCUGAAGGCAUCGUGGAGAUUCGCUUGGAGCAGAACUUGAUUAAAAACAUCCCAGCAGGAGCCUUUUCUGCCAACAAGAAGCUCAAGAGGAUUGACUUGAGUAAGAACCAGAUUUCUGACAUUGCCGACGAUGCUUUCAGUGGCCUCCGCUCACUCACCUCACUGGUGUUGUACGGAAACAAGAUCACAGAGCUGCCCAAGGGAUUGUUUGAUGGACUAGUUUCCCUGCAGCUGCUGCUGCUGAAUGCCAACAAAAUUAACUGUUUGAGAGUCAACAUCUUCAAAGACCUGCAGAACCUCAACCUGCUGUCGCUGUACGACAACAAGGUGCAAACAAUCAGCAAAGGACUGUUCGCCCCUCUGCGCUCCAUCAAGACUCUCCAUCUGGCCCAGAAUCCCUUUAUGUGUGACUGUCACCUGAAGUGGCUGGCUGACUACCUGUUUGACAACCCCAUUGAGACCAGUGGAGCGCGCUGCAGCUACCCCAGAAGGCUGGCUAACAAGCGCAUCAGCCAGGUUAAAGGCAAGAAGUUCAGGUGCACAGGUCAGGAGGACUACCGCAGUCGUCUGAGUGGCGAUUGUUUCCAGGAUCUGGUGUGUCCGGAGAAAUGUCGCUGCGAAGGCACCGUGGUCGACUGCUCCAAUCUCAAACUGACCCGCGUACCUCCUCACAUCCCCGAACACACCACCGACCUGCGGUUAAACGACAACGAGAUUGCCGUCCUGGAGGCAACAGGGACGUUUAAGAAGCUGCCCAACUUGAAGAAGAUAAACUUGAGCAACAACAAGCUGAGAGACAUCCGUGACGGUGCCUUUGACGGAGCGGUUGGAGUUUUAGAGCUUCUACUGACGGGGAACAAGCUAACUGGACUGCAAGGACGCAUGUUCAAAGGCCUCAGUGGCCUAAAAACGCUAAUGCUGCGGAGCAACCAGAUCAGCUGCAUCGACAACAGCACAUUCACGGGCCUGAGCUCGGUGCGUCUGCUCUCGCUCUACGACAACAGGAUCUCCAGCAUCGGCCCGGGAGCUUUUUCCACCCUGCACUCCCUGUCCACCAUCAACCUCCUGUCCAACCCGUAUGUGUGUGAUUGUCAUUUGACCUGGCUGGGUCAGUGGCUGAAGAAGACCAGAGUGGUCAGUGGAAACCCUCGCUGUCAAAAGCCCGCCUUCCUGAAGGAGAUCCCCAUCCAGGAUGUGGCCACACCAGACUUCACAUGCGACGGUGUUGAGGAUAAUGGUUGCCUUCCUUCGUCUAGUUGUCCUGACAUUUGCGCGUGCUCAGAGGGCGUGGUGCGAUGCAGCAAUAGAGGGCUGCGCUCUCUGCCCAAGGGCAUUCCCAAGGACACCACGGAGCUUUACCUGGAGGGGAAUAUGCUGGCAUCUGUGCCCAAGGAGCUGGCGAACCUGCGGCAGCUGUUAUUGGUGGACCUGAGCAACAACAGCAUCAGCAUAUUGGCCCCCUACACCUUCAGCAACAUGUCUCAACUAGCCACACUCAUCCUGAGUUACAACCAGAUUCGCUGCAUCCCGGUCCAGGCCUUCGACGGGCUCAAGUCACUUCGCCUGCUCACUCUCCAUGGUAACGACCUUUCAACCAUACCAGAGGGAGCUUUCAACCACCUCACCUCUCUCUCCCACCUGGCUCUUGGUGCCAACCCCCUGUUCUGUAACUGUGACCUGCGCUGGCUCUCUCAGUGGGUCAAGGCUGGCUUCAAAGAGCCUGGCAUCGCUCGUUGCGCUGCGCCUCCUGAUAUGGCCGACAGGCUACUGCUCACCACGCCACUCAACAGAUUUCAGUGCAACGGUCCAGUAGAAAUCAGCCUGAUGUCAAAGUGUGUCCCCUGCCUGGCAGCACCCUGUCAAAACAAUGGCACCUGUGUCUCCGAUACGACUGGAUCCUACCACUGCACCUGUCCAUAUGGUUUCAAGGGUCGAAACUGUGAAAUACCCAUCAAUGCCUGUAUUAGUUACCCGUGCUCGAAUGGAGGAACCUGCCACAUUCAGCCUGGCCGUGAAGACCACUUCAGCUGUGUGUGUCCGCCGGGCUUCGAGGGCCUUCGGUGUGAGAUGAACCCCGACGACUGUGAAGACAACGACUGUGAGAACAACUCCACCUGCAUCGACGGAGUCAACAACUACACCUGCGUCUGCCCACCCAACUACACAGGUGACCUGUGUUACGAGGUGGUCGAACCUUGUCUCCAUGGUUUCGACCCCUGUCAGCACGACUCAAAGUGUGUCCAUGUCGGCCGCACUUACAGGUGCGAGUGUUUACCGGGCUAUGUGGGCCAACACUGCGAGCAGGACUAUAAUGACUGCCUGGAGAAUAAGUGUCAACACGGAGCGGAGUGUGUGGACGCCGUCAACGGCUAUACCUGCGUCUGCAAAGAGGGUUUCAGCGGGCUGUUCUGUGAGAACCCUCCACCAAUGAUCUUGCUGCAGACCAGCCCCUGCGACCAAUCAGACUGCCAGAACGGCGCCCAGUGCCUGGUGGUUGCCGGGGAGCCCGUCUGCCGCUGCAUGCCCGGUUUCUACGGCAACAAAUGUGACAAGAUGGCCACGGUUCACUUCCUGGGUCGGGAUGGAUACGUGGAGCUGCCGAGCGCGAAGCUCCGUCCCACGGCGCAUAUUUCAUUGCAGGUGGCUACAGAUAAAGACAACGGGAUUCUGCUGUACAAGGAGGACCACGACCCUCUGGCUCUGGAGCUGUACCAGGGACACAUACGACUCAUCUACGACAUCGCCACCUACCCCCCCACCACCGUGUAUAGGUACAGACACUCAGACAAAAGCACUCUCUCACUUUCUGAAUGA